AUGAAUAUUUCUCUCUCCAUUUUUAUCAUUUUUGUCUUCUCAAGUGCCCUACUCGUUUACGCGUUGGAACAUUGCGACGACCAACACGGCGGAUAUUGCAUAGAAGAUGGAAGCCGAGGUUGCUGUGUACAUGGCCCGCCUUUAUGUUGUAAAGACGGACACGGGGAUUGCAUUCCGCGUCUUGGCUUUAAUUAUAACAAUACUAAAUGUGAGAAUUUGGAAUGCCCUGAAGGAGAAGUUUGUAUGCCAUUGGGCGGUGAAGGAAAGGACAAAUGUGUGCCAAAGGUUCUAAAAAGAAAUCUUAAAAGUUUAGAAGUAAAUGGAGGUCUCCUUAAAAUUUUCUGA